UAAUUAAUUGUGGGAGCCGAAUAGCAUUGGAGUUGGGUGGCUAUUGUGAAUAUUACAAAUAUCUUUAUGGUGAAUAGAAUUAUUCUCUUAGCUGACACUUUCAAUAGUUUGACAAAGUUGAUGCAAAUUUACAAUACGUGUUUGCAAAAACAAGUAAAAACUAUAAUUCCAAAAAAAGUUAUUUUCUGAAAAGUAUACGAUAAAUGUACAUGAUGGCCUCAAGUGUUACUGAAAGAGAUGAAGAAAAUUUGAGACAGCAGUGUGAAAAUGCUUCGUUGGAAGAUAAACCCGAAGCAGUCAGGAAAGCUGUUUUACCACCAAUUAAACUGGGCAUGUCUUUCAGUGAUUGGAAGCAAAUGAAAGAAGCAGAGGAGGAAGGUAAAAACAGCAAAUCAUCAAGAUCUGCAAAAGAUAGAAAAUUUGCCGGCCAACAGCGAUCAAAUCCGCGCAAUAAAAACUGGACUUCAGAAAGCCAUAUACAAAAUCAGCACAACCAAGAAAGAAUUUUUUCUAGAUCCCAGAACUAUAAUUUGCCUAAUUUUAAUGCUUUAACACCACAAAGAAACCAGUUUGAAAACAACCAUGUGCGCAGCUUUCAUCAAGAUCCAAUAAUACCACCAUUGAGGCCACCAUUGUCUUUUGACGAGUUUCUUAAUCAAGAUGUUCAUUGGUCAUCUGGACCUCUAAUGCAACCAUUGUUUCCACCAAUGCCACAAAUGCCCCGCUUAAAUCAAUACAACGAUUACAACAAGCAAUCGGGAAAAACUAACAACAGAUUUUUUUCACAAAAAAAUUUUUCCUCUCGAACAAAACCCUCUGCUGUAAAAACAAACAUUAAACCGGCAUCAACCAAAUCAACACAAAAUGAGCAACCAGUAAUAAAAAACACAAAAUUAGAAGACGAAAACAGUACAAAUGUGGAACAAGAUAACAAAACACAAUCAAUCCAACCGCAAAUAUAUAUUCAAAAGCCGCACAAUGCUACCAAUAAGUAUGAAAAGUUUAAAUCUACAUGGAUAGCGAAGCCUCAAGCUCCACCAGCAAUGAUCGCGAAUACACCGGAGGAACGCGAACAAAAGACACGUAUGUGGCGAGAAUACCGCCAAGCCAUGAAACCAUUUAAGAAUCGCGAAUUUAAAAACGCUAAAAGAGUAGUACAACGUCUGGGUAAAAAGACGUAUGAAGAAUUGGACGAAAAGGAUCGCGUCCGUUUAGAUCGUGCAGUGGAGGCUGUGAACGCACAUAAAGAGAUGUUGAAUGCUCGAAUGGUAGAACGGUCAGCUCGAGUGGAACGAGUAGUAAAAAAGUCUACAACUGGCACAAAUAAUGCCUCAUCGGAAAAUUUUUUCAAUCUACCUAGAAAUUGGCAUUUAAACAAUUCUUCUAAUCCAUCAAUUCAUAACACACACGAUGCCAUUCUCUCAUCAAAUCAAACUUUAUCGGACAGUUUUCUACCUGGCGGUAUGUUGCUUCCGGGAGGUAUUUUAACACAAUCUAAACCUUAAAUUGUAUUUGUAAAUAUAACCAUAAAUUGAGAACUAACAAA